ACCAUUUUUUUUAAUAACCAUUUUUAAGUCCAGUGUAAUAGUAAAUGUAAUAAAUAUUACCCUAUAUGUAAAUCUUUAAUUUGCAUAUUGUUUUGAAGAAACAAAAUCUGCCUUAAGUGAGAGCAGCAUAUCUUUUUAUUAUAUGAGAUUAAUCUCUGUGAUCCACCAAUUAAUUGGAAUUUCAAAUUUGUAAAAAAAUAUAGUGAAAUAGGUGUGUAUGUAUACUUUUAACAUUUACUUGAUGAUAAAAAAUUUUUAAACAAUUAAGAGUCUUAAGGUAAAAUUAGGUGUAAAAAGAUAUUUUCUAGGUAGUGUAAAUUCUUUUAAAAACAAAUUUUCAGUCUACUUAGCACUAGAUUGUUACCAUUAAAGACCAGAAGUACAUAAAUAAGUACCUUAUAAAAGAAGCCCUAAUUACUAUGGUAUUCAACAGAUUUUCAAAAUUUAUGUUAUCCCUGGGUAAAUUCAUUUCCUUUUUUAAUAGGAUUACUAUACUAGUAGAUCAGAGAUACUCUGAAGACAGCAUAUGUAGAUUUCAGCAGUGCCUUUAACGGAGUUUUUCUUGAUAUCUUUGGGGAGAAAUUAUAACUGAUUAUUCAUAACUGAGUAAGUUAAUGAAAGAAUGAAAAGAGUACUAACACUGAUAAAUAUCAGCCUGGAACAUGGUCUCUGAUGGUUUGCUGCGGGAUACUUCCUGUCCUGUUCAACCUCUUCAUUAAAUCCUUGGCUUAAAGAGAUUUCUAUGGUUAAUCAGAGUUGAAGAUGUCAAGCAGCUGAAAAGAAUAAUUAAAACUUUGAACCAUGGAAUUGGAACCUUUGGUAUUCUCAAAUGAAAAGCAGAAGUCAUCACUUUAUGUGAUGAGCUGUACCACAUUUGUGUAAUUUAUGGAAAGGGCAACUGUUCUUAACACCAUUUUCGGUUAAAGAGAAAGCAAACAGGAACUAAAUUAAAUGCUAUGACUAGGUUCUCUAGCAAAUCUCGUUAACACUUAAAGUGAUUUAGACACCGCACCAAAAAGAGUCUGCCUGAUGGGAUCUUAAUUAACCUAAAUCAUACAAUGUUCCUGUUACAUUGCAAUACCUUGGAAGAAUCAGGAUGUCUUAGUCAUUCUUUGAAAUUAAAAUUCUAGAAAGCAAAAAUUAUUAAUAUUAUCUAAAUAUUAGGAUAUUGUUUCAGAUUAUUGUUAAUAUAAUUACAACAUGAAACACCCUGAGAGAAAACAGAGUUCCUAAUAGUGGAGAAGAAUAAAUGAAAUGCCUAACAAUAUCCCCAUCUCAAUUUUUUUUUACAAAGAGACACUAAAAGAACAUUGUGAUAAUUGACUCUGGGCAAAUUUGUCUUAUUAAAGUUUUCCCCUUAAAGUUAUUAAGACAACACUAGUUAUUAGGAAUUGGAAUUUAGUAGGACUUUUCAACCCCCUAGAUUAGCGGUCUGCAAAUUUUAUACCUUACAAAGCUUUAGCCUUUUCUCAUUUUUAAUUUUAAAUAUUAUACAAGUUAAUUUUUAUUAAACCAUAAGGAGAUAAAACUAAUUUUGUCAGAACACAUCGUGGAAAGAUAGAAAAUAUUUAUUUCCUGAGUGGCUACUGAAGUCAGGAACAAACUAGAGACAGUUCCAUGUUAACUUUCUAAAUAAUGGCUUGAAAACAAAGGUCUUCCAUUUUUACUGCUUUAGUCUUAUAUGAGAAAUUUGUCCCUCAGACAUUUCUAACAAAUUCACUUAAUCCUGGGAUAGACUAUUUUUUAAGGUUUCUUGCGACUCUAAUUUAGGAUUCUGUGAGCUUUUUAUUAUUUUUUUGUAUCUAUUUUUUAUGUGGUUGUAGAAUCUCAAACUAACUCAUCCUUAGACAAUUAAAAUCAAUUUGUAAACAUACUGCUUAGCAAUCAAGUAAUUCUGUAAAAACAUUGAAUACAAAAAAUGGAAGAGUCCAAUUCAGAAAUCAGCUACAACUAGCUAUAGACUUAAAUAAUAUAAGCAUGUGUUUGAGGUGAUAUGAUUUAUGGUUUUAGUUUUUAGUGGUACAUUCAACAGACAUUUAUUGAGCCUACAUUGUCUGCCUUGCCCUGGAGAACCAGAAGUGAACAUUGGGCCUUUCAUAUGUAAUCCCCCCUUAUUGUUUUUAAAUGAUUAUAAAUGAACUGGUCUUAUAUAGUCUUUAGGGAACUUUAUGUUAUGAGUAGUUUCACUAGGACUAAAGAUUAUUGACCUGUGUCCAUAGGUCUGUAUUUUACUGUUGAGAAUUUAGUGGUCUCCUGUGUUAAUUUACCCAUUCAAAUACUAUACAAGUCUGUGUGCUCUUAAUUAUUCUGAAUACAGAAACCUCAGAACAGGGCUCCCUCUCUCUUCUUUGGAACAACUUAUUUUAUCUUUAUAUUAGAUUUUUUAAAAAGUAUUGCAGAUAGGUUGAGUCAAGGAAAUCAGGCCAGUGAACAUGAUGGCAUCUGUUGUUGGAUUCUGACAAGUAAAAUCAAGAUUGAAGGCUUACAGAUAAUUAAAAAAUAAGCCAUCUUUUGUGAAAACUCUUGAAUUAUAAAAUAUAGUCAGAUUUCAGAUGUCCAGUAACCUAUCAACCGCACCCCCCCCCCCAACCCUCACUUCCCCACCAGCUCUUGGAAAUAUGAGAGGGUAUUUUCGUUGACACAAAGACUUGGGGGGAUGAGUGAUGCUGGCGUUUAGUGCAUGGAGCUCAUGGAGGCCAUGAUGGCCAAAAUGUCAGGAGUAACCUUGCUUGGGAGCACAGUCCCCAGGCAUAUUUUCCUCUACUCUUCCCUCUUCUCCUUUUCCUUCCUCAUUAGAAAGUGAGAACCCCAGCUGUACAGACAUUAGGGGUAGUAAUAUGUCCUUAGUACACUGAUGCCGUUUGCACAGCUCUCAUUUGGUGCCAUUCCGUUUUUGUUUUUGUUUUUGUUUUUUUUAACAGCUAGGAAUUUCUUUUGAGGAAACAUUAGUAUGUAAAUUAGGAUCCGAAGGGACAUUAAUUCUCUAUACACUCUAUAUUAGGACGUAUUUAUUGACCCCAGUAGAAGAAGCUGUGUUACCUUCCUUAUCUUCUUCCAUUUUCUCCUUUAUAAUCAGAAUCAUUAUUACUACUGUGUAUACAUCUGUUAUGUGUACAUUGAUCCAGUUCAGUGAAACUCUAGGAGUGAGUUGUUUCUUAGCUUUAACUUUGGUAGUGAACCUGUGCUUGUGCUAUUUUUCAGAAACGGUACAGAUUCUCAUUUAGCCAUUUUGAUUGCUCUAAGCCUGAUAUGAAUUUGGAAUUCAGAAAAGUCCGUUGGCUUUCACCUCAGCAGACUUGUUCACUUGAACAUGCUGUUCACAUUUAAUGUAAAUACGUUUGAAUAGAAGAGCAUAUAAAUAUUUGAUUUCAUAUUUGGCUUCUAUUAAAUAUUGACAGUCAUGGAAAUAUCUCUAGGAGAUCUUUUUUUCCUUUUUUUGGAUCAAAAUAUCAGCUUUACGUUCUUUCCAACCAUUUGGAAACAUAAGUGACUGUUUUUUCCUUAUUGCAAUUCAAAAUAUCUGAAUUUGAUUCAUAAUUUUCUUUCCCCAGAACUAUUCUUUUAAUCUUCCCUGUUGGAAAUGCAUCAUCAUUCUCUUAGGCUGGAAAUUUGGGCCUCAUCUUUGAUUCAUUCUUCUCUUUAAUCUCUAAUAUACAGUCAACAGAUCCUAUUGGUUCCUUCUUCAGAAGAGUCACCAGGCCUUUUCUUUUGCAUUACCUCUGCCUCCACUUUACUCCAGUCUUUACCAUGCUUCAGUGUUCUUUCUUCUGGUCUCUCACCUCUCUUCUUUAAGCUUGUGACCACACAAUUUAAAACUACUGAAAAAGACAGCAGAAUGCUUUACAACUUAAUAUCUCAGAGAGAAAUGGAAAGCAAGUGAAUAUUAACUCUGAGAUCAUCUAAUCUACAACAGAGUAAAAUUUUUCUGUUUUGUCCUAAAUUUCAACUAAUCUCAAAGAUUUACUUAUUUAUUCCUUCAUUUAACAGUAUCAAGUAUAUGCUCGGUUCAGCUGUUAACUGCUGAAUAUUAUGCUUAUAGUCUUUUCAUGCCCCCUUGACAGUUCAUCUGUUCUCUUCAACUAUCCUAUUUAUGCUUUCUCUAGUUUUUCAUCUCCAUCCCUCAACCCUGCAAGUGCCAGUCCUGUUUCAUAGGUAGUAGGCCUUGAAUCAUUUAAGCUCCAUAAAUCACACGAGUCCACAACUGAUGGGUGGCAAUGCAGGGACUCAAUUCCAUCUCCUCUGCAGACCAGCAACCUUCCAACAUCAUCUUACAUAAUAAGGUCUGUUGUCUAAGCUUCAUGAUGUUAACCAUAGAAUACUAUAGGCUAAUGGUUUAUUAAGAGAAAGGGUAAAGGAAUGAGAAAUUGGCCAUUUGACUGUUUUUUGGUAAUAAAACUUGAAGUUUGGAAAGAGUUAUGUUUUCAUAAGUAGUCAUUUAAUAUUUAUAGUGUCUGUCUUCAUCUUGCUUCUUACUCUUUCUUGGUUACCUCUCCCUUUUUUUUUUUUAUGUUUUUAUUUAUUUUUGAGAGAGAGAGCAAGUGAGCAUGAGCAGGGGAAGGGCAGAGAGAGGGGGAGACACAAAAUCUGAAGCAGGCUCCAGGCUCUGAGCUGUCAGCACAAAGCCCCAUGCAGGGCUUGAACUCAUGAACGGUGAGAUCAUGACCUUGAGCCUAAGUUGGAUGCUCAACCAGCUGAGCCACCCAGGUGCCCCAGUUAUAUCUCUUUAUUUAGAAUCAUGUGGCUAUUCUUAAAGAAUAUUUGGAACCACUAGAGCUUUGUGCAGUGUAGUGGAAAAUUAAAUAGCAAAGAAUAAUGAACCAGGUUACUUUAAAAUGUAAUAGCUUCAUAUUUGCCUCCCCACCCACUGCACCCCACCCCCACUCUGCCAUCUGUGGCUAGUAAUAUUUUACAAAGAAUCAAUUGAUUCUCCUUAUAUGGACUUGAAAUUGCCCAUGGAAUGCCAUUUUUCUUCAUUUCAAGCAAUUUUCAUAUUUUUUGAGAAUAUGUAAAAUGUGCUUAAUUUUUUUAUUCCUGAGACUUCAGUAUGAUGUGUUGUUCACCUGGGAUUUAGAAGGUAUAAAAUAGAUCCAAGUAAGGAUUUUCUUUUUUUUUCUUUUUUUUUCUUUAAAAAAAAUUUUUUUUUAACGUUUAUUUAUUUUUGAGACAGAGAGAGACAGAGCAUGAAUGCGGGAGGGUCAGAGAGAGAGAGGGAGACACAGAAUCUGAAACAGGCUCCAGGCUCUGCACCGUCAACACAGAGCCCAACGCGGGGCUUGAACUCACGGACGUGAGAUCAUGACCUGGGCCAAAGUCGGAGGCUCAACCGACUGAGCCACCCAGGCGCCCCUCAAGUAAGGAUUUUCAAGAGAUGGCUUAUGGCACCUCUGACAUUCAUGGAGUAUAGCAAGAAAAUUCAUUGUGGUGUAAAGCAUUUUCUAAAACAACACAUUACCUAUGUAUUGCCUCCAGAUGGUAGUUUUCCAGACAUAGAAUAUGCUUGGGUAUAUUCUAAUGAUUUACUUUAUAUUUUAAAUGAAUGAAUGAAUUUUAAAUGAAUUUAAAUGAUUUGUUUUGUUUUCUUUUGUUUUCUUUUGUUUUUCAACAUUGCAGGUUAGAACUAAAACUUAAAUCAACCUGGUCCCACCAAAGACUCUUUAUAUUUGUUCUCCUUGUGAGCUUGCUAUUUUUAAAACAUUUGUUUACAAACAGCAUAUAUUAUUUCCCUUAAAAAAAAAAAGUAGAGCCAGUUAGCAUUUCUGAACAGCACUAGUGCAGUAAUACUACCUGAAUGCCUUUCAGGUAGUAUCCAGACAAAUUCCAGACAAAUUUAAUUCCAGACAAAAUUAAAUGUUUCUCAUUGUAAUCUGCUCAUAUAACUUUGUCAUGGGUGUAUGUACACUUUCCAUUUGUCCUUUGGAAAUCCUGAAAACAACUUGACCUUUUUGUGGACCUCAGGUUGGAGUAUUCUAUACUGUGUCUCAUGACAUAAAAAUAUUAUUUCAUUAUACUAUUUCAUUUUACAAAAUAAAUUUCUGUAUGAUUCUGCAGUUUCUUUGCAAGCAGUACUUGGGGGUUACCUGGCCCUCCUUGACCUCUAUCAGGGCUUUAUGAUGUUUUGCAGUUGUGAAACAGCAUAGCACCUUUGAACCCCUUAUGUGUUAGAUCACAUUGUGGUACAUGAUUCCUUUGAGGUAGGAAGAGCCCAAGUAAACAGGUAAUUUAGCUAGUUUCUAGAGGUCAGUGCUUAUAUUCUUCCUAAAAUCUCAUAAUUCUGAUAUUGGCUUGGACAUUCAGCAAAAGCCUCUCUUGCUUUCCUUUCUGAACUAAUUCAUUCUAAGCAGUAAAAGAAAGUAAUUUGCCUUAUUUAGAAGUUCAUAUGACCAUACUAAUCUCAGGAGAUUUUAAACACCUUUCCAUUUUCUUGCUUUGUCAUUUAUUGCUCCCCCACCUACUGCUGUUUGUAGAGGUUUACUUUUAUACAAGGAGAGCUGCUGGAGUUUAAGAAAAAUCUACCUCUUAUUGAAUCCCAGUAGGAAGUUUAUGCUAGCUGAACUGGUUGCCUGGUGGAAGAGGGCAGAAGAGACUCCUUGAUGCAACACAUUUUAACUUCAGAGCCUUGCUUGCAAAUCUCUUCUCUGCCAUCUAUGACUACAAUUAAUAAUUGAUUUCUUAGAUUUAUCAUUUUUCUUCUUUGACUCAACUUUACUUUUCCCCAUCUUUUGCCACUUAGGGAAAAACUUACCCAAUCAGUCAUUAAGCAUCAACAUCAAGAUCAGUCUAGGAGCAGAACAAGUUUCAUGGUCUUUGGAUGUUAUUCCCCAGUAGAUCCUUCAUGAAUAAAAUAUAGUGAAGAGUAAAAGAGAAGGAGAGCAUUAGGCAUUUUAUCCAAAAAAUAAAGUAAUAUUUAUAGAUCUGACCGCUUUAAUAAUAUAGGAAAGCCUCUGGAAUUAGCCUUGGUGUUUUUGUUUUGGUUUGGUUUUUUGUUUUUGCAGUUAAGCAAUUUAUUUAACUUUAUUUUUUAUUUUUUAAAAUUUACAUCCAAAUUAGUUAGUAUAUAGUGAAGCAAUGAUUUCAAUAGAUUCCUUAAUGCCCAUUACCUAUUUAGCCCAUCCCCCCUCCCUCAACCCCUUCAGCAACUCUCAGUUUGUUCUCCAUUUUUAUGAGUAGCCUUGGUUUUUAUAAAGAACAUCUUUUGUCUGGAAUUUGCUUCCAAAUAAUUGCAGGGGAGGGAAAUUGCGGGCCAUGAGUUAAUAAUUGAAGCUGGAUGAAGAGUGCAAAAGAGUCAUUUUCCUCACUUUUAUAUGUUUGAAAUGUUGAAAUACUAUUUGAAAUAAUAAAGAACUUUUUAAAAGACAUCUUUUCCCCAGGAAUUUUGGAUGGAUAAAAUCUAUUUCCCUAUGAAAUUUACAGCAUCCCCCCAAUACUCAACAGUGUUGAACACAAUAAAAGUACUAUCAUAGGUUUGUAUUAUUGAAGGAAAAAUACUUUCUUGUCAGUAAAUUCUAAACUUCAGUAUGUUAUUUUGUGUCUAUUAUUGUCCAAAUUAUGUUGUUAUUUAUUCAGCAAUAUGUAAAUUUAUUUCAUAUAUUGCAUUCUAAUGAAGUUGUGUUCAGUUUUGCUUUUCAUCAAGGACAUAUUCAAGUAAAUGUUAAUUAGUAUUGAGAAAUCUGAAAAACACUCAAUGAAAAAAUAGUAUUAAACAAUUUCUUCAUAUACAGUAUGUGUGAUACAUCUCUGGGUAGUAUUUGAAUUAAGGAGCCUGUUUUCUCAGUCAGGGUCCGAACAUAACUUUGCUGGUAAAAUAAUGAUUUAAUCCUUAGUCUCUUUUGUCUAGUUGGUCACUCUUAUUGAAAUAUCUAUGCCAGUUGGGGCACCUGGGUGGCUUAGUCCGUUAAGCUUCCAACUUCGGCUUAGGUCAUGAUCUCAUGGUUUGUGAGUUGGAGUCCCACAUCAGGCUCUGCACUGGCAUCACGGAACCUGCUUGGGAUUCUCUCCCUCCCUCUCCCUCCUCCCUCUCCCUCCUCCCUCUCCCUCCCCCACUCACACUGUCUCUGUUUCUCUCAAAAUAAAUAAAUAACUUAAAAAAAUAAUAAUCAAAUGUAAAGCCAGAAAGUUAUUCUAUCAAUGCAAAUAACACAGAAGAUAAAAAAUAAUCUUUCAUGUUGUAGAUAAAGCCUUUAAUCUCCAAGCCAAGGAAGUAAGCUCAUCAAAAGUGAUCAGAUUUUGCCAAAAUUUGAACGUAUUUCCUGGCUUUUUUUUCAGAUCCCAGUAGUAUAAACCAUGGCAAGUCAAAUUCACUAAGAUUUAUCCUUUUUUCAAAUUCUGGAACAGACAGCCACUUUACUUUGGGACAAAAAUGCUCUUUUUCCUUGAAAAGCAAAAGGACUUGUAUUUCUCUAUCACUAUUGUUGCUAAUAUAGUUCCAACCACCUAUAUCAACACAACUUGCAUUUCAGAGAGAAAACUGGAUAGAAGGGGGGGAUAAUUAGAACUGUCUAUCAAACACAAGCAUGUUAGUAGAGCAGUAAAACUCAUGAAUACACAUAGCAGACUUUAUAUAGCUGCACUCAUCUCUUUUACACUAUCUUAUAGUGGCAAGAUGAACAGCUUGUUAACAUGACCCAAAGAUACAGCUAUUCUAAUAGCAUAUACAAAUAAGAAGCAAACAUGUAUCAACUUAGAAUUAUGCUUAAUAACAUUUAGUAUUCUAUUUUAUUUAGAAAUUAUUUGGGCACCAAGAAUUACUUAUUGAUUAGCUUGAUUUAACAUUAGUCCAAGAUUUUAAAUUACCAUAGAUCUUGGAGAAAUUUAUUAUUGAAACAUUGUUUACAUACAGUAUUACAUUAGUUUCAGGUGUACAACAUAGUAGUUGACAGCUCUGUAUUAUGCUGUGCUCACCACAGUAUAGCUACCAUCUGUCUCCAUACAGUGCUAUUACAGUACCAUUGACUAUAUUCCCUAUGCAAUAUCUUUCUUCCUUGUGACUUACUCAUUCCAUAAUUGGAAGCCUCCACCUCCCACUUCCCUUCACCCGUUUUUCCCAUCCCCCUCCCACACCCUCCCCUCUGUCCGCUAUCAGUUUGUUGUCUGUAUUUAUGGAUCUUUUUCUGCUUUUUGUUUUAUUGAAUUUCACAUAUUAGUGAAAUCAUAGGAUACUUGUCUUUCUGACUUAUUUCACUUAGCAUAUAUCUUCUGGGAGUAUCCAUGUGGUCACAAAUGGCAAGAUCUCAUUCUUUUUCAUGUAUGUGUGUGUGUGUGUCUGCACUGGCAUCACGGAACCUGCUUGGGAUUUUCCCCCUCCCCCUGUGUGUGUGUGUGUGUGUGUGUGUGUGUGUGUGUGUGUAUUCUCCCCCUCCCCCCACACGUAUAUGUGUGUAUAUACACACAGGACAUUUUCUUUAUCCUAUUCAUCUAUGGAUAGACACUUAGGUUGCUUCUGUAUUUUGGCUAUUGUAAAUAAUGCUACAGUGAACAUAGCAGUGUGCUUACCUUUUCACAUUACUGGUUUUGUUUUCUUUGGGUAGAUACCCAGUAGAUCUUGGAGAUAUUUAAACUAACACAUCAUUGUCAUUGAUAUAAAGAGUUUGUUAACAUUAUUAUUCAAUGUAGAUGAAUACAGAUUUUCAAUUUUUUAAAUAUCAAAUAUAUAGGAAGAGUAAUACUAGCUUAUUUGAUCAGUAAGUCUGUUAUAGGAAAUUCAGAUUAGCUUCUAUCUGAGAAAACAAACCCAAGUAAAUUAAGAUGUAUGCAGUGUUACACUUAACUGACAAAACUCAUCUUGAUUUGUACAAUAGUUAUCUUAAUUAUAUGAAAUUGGACUCCUAAAAUGUUUCUGAACUAGUAGUUUCUGUAGAUAGGAUUUCUUUUUCUUUGUCUAACAUAUUUGGAGUAUUAUAGGUUCACUUUAUUUUCUUGGAAAUUCUAAAAAUUUGAUAAAUAAGUGCUUAUUGAGCUCUACAAAACCAAUGAGAACAGAACUUCUUAAUUUAAGAGGUAUUAUAAUCAAAUUAAUCAAUAUCCUCUAAAAAUUGGAAAACAUUUCAUACUUAAGAGGUCAAGUUCUUUCUGAAUUACAGACAGAGCUGUGGCUUCAGUUUUACAGCUUUUAGUCAUGGGUCAAAAGUAAACAUAAAACCUCAUCAGUUGAGAUCUCUAAGAGCUAUUCUCCUUUAAUAUUAUGUGCAACAUUCUUAAUUGAGCUCAAAAUAGACAAGUGGACAAAAAGUCUAACAAACUGAAUUCUCUUUUGGUUUUUCACUCAACAGAAAAUAGAUCUCUGUCAUUCUACUACAUAGACCACCAAAUGGUGGAACCAUAAAAAUCCAAUUCUCAGUAGGUAUAUCCAUCAAUGAGGAAUAACUUAUCAACUGUGCAUUAGCCAGAAACAAAAACAAAAUCAGCAAGAGGGAAAAAAAAUUGGGAAAACCAGAAAGUCAGCAAAAUUGAAGUUCUUUUGCCCCUUGGGAUUUACUUUGAGAGCCAAGAAGAGAUGUACCCAGGCUAACAUAGCCAAUGAGGUAUACUUCUCUGGCAACUCUGGUGAAUCUAUUGGCGUCUUCAUGGAUCCUCAAAAACUGUUUAGGGAUUUUUUUUUGGGGGUGGGGGGUAAAAUCAUGACUCCUACAAAUAUACAAUGGGCAACUUCAGGGCUACUGUCUUCCGUGCGGUGGCUCAUCCAACAAGACAGCUUUCAUCUUAUAGCACCUUGUUUUCAACAUAUGUUUCAAAAAUCUCAGUGUUAGGGAAAGAGACUAGAAGGGCCUUAUGUCAGUGUUUGGUUUGGAUUUUCUCUGAGUGGUGAGAUUACAGAUAAUUUUUGCUUUCUUUAAUGCCCACUUGUGUUUUCAAAGUUUUCUAUAAUGAACCUGAUUGUCUCAAAAGAAGAUAUAUUAAGAAUGGUAAUAAACAGAAUUAAGCAGACAUUAGCUAGUGUUGAUGCUAGCUGUGCAGGAUUGGUUUUUCUUUUGUUUUUGUAGAAACAAAAAUUUACUCUGUUGAAACCUUACAACCUAAUUUUUAAGCAAAGACAAAACUUGUAUUAAGCCAUUAAAUUCUUUAUUACUUUGUUCUGGAGAGUCAGGGUCAGAGUUCUAUGUCUCUAGAGAUAGAAGAUGAAUUUCUGGAGCCAUGGUGUCAACACAGAAUUAUCUUUAAAUUCAUUUACAGUGCUUUGGAUUUCAUUCAGAGGGCUUCAUAUGAUUUAAAUGAAAAAAUGUUACAUGAAGCUGGUGAAUGCUGAUGGAAAGCCCUUCUUUGACCUCUUAGUACUGUGCUGGCCUGAGCUUCCAGCCCCAUACUUACAUGCAAGUACAGAAAUUAUCACAGCUUUAGGCACCGAACUCUCAAAUUGUCUUCUUAUGAUGCCUUUCUGUGUAGUAACCUCAGAGAAAUGUUUCCACAUAUUAUACAUUGUACAUGCUACACUGUACUUCAUAAUCAUUAACAUUCUUCCUGUGCACGUUCCCCAGAACUGGUUUUACAAAUGAAAAAAUAAAAGCUCAGAUCUGAUGGUCUAACUCCCAAAGUGACUUACUCAGUGCAGGAACAAUCUCUUUAAGUUGUUCAGUUCUUUCAUGCAGUAUCAUGGGUAUUCAGUAAAUGGUAUGUGAUGCAGGGCUUAAGAUUGUGGUGUUUUAAUCUGUUGCAUAGACCUCAGACAACUCCAGCGCUUUUCAUUCAGAAGCGUUUUUUUCCUUUCCUCCAUAGUGAAUAAUUGGUCAGUUUUCAUUUUAAUUAUUUUGUGAACCUAAAAUGAAAAAUAAGAGAAGAAACUUCAGGAAAGCAUAGAAAUUGUUUUGGCAAUCUUCUAGUCCUUUAUCUAAACAUGGGUAGAUUUGUUUUGAUGAUGAUGAUGAUGAUGAUGAUUAUGAUUAUUGAACCAGGCUCCCUAAACAUUUAUUUAGAAUGUUUUUAACCUUCUUUAAGCUAUUCUCUAAACCUUAAUCUGGUUUUAAACUAGAAGACAAAUGUGAAUGGUGAAUUACUGCUCUGUAGCUUUAAAUUCAACCAGUUUGAUGCUUUUGUUUUUUAUAAAAGAUGCUCACAGCUCCAGAAAAGAGGCAGAUACUGUGUGAUCUCCAUUCUCAGAGUAAAACUAUUCAUUUGCAUUAGCAGCUCUAGCAAAGCGCACGCGCGCGCACACACACACACUCACAAACACACACACACACUCACAAACACACACACACACACACACACACACACACACACGAUGCUUGUUUGGCAGAAGCUUUCUGUUUAUUCAGCACAGAGCCCUCCCAGGCUCCCAGAUGUAGAAAGCUCUAAGAGUUGAUGUACAAGACAGAACCGGAACUGUACAUAGGCUGAGGUGGGCACUGCGGAGGAUUGGCUAUGCAAGGAUGUUGAUGUGGUGUGGCUCUACCUGCCUGUUCUGUGAAAGGCACUUCUCUGAGGCUGUGAAGAUUGAGCGUUUGGAAGUAAGCAGCCUCGCCCAGACUUCCAGUGCAGUGGCCUCCAGCACUGAUGGCAGUAUCCACACAGACUCUGUGGAUGGAACACCGGACCCUCAGCGCACAAAGGCUGCUAUUGCUCAUCUGCAGCAGAAGAUCCUGAAGCUCACAGAACAGAUCAAGAUUGCACAAACAGCCCGGGAUGACAACGUUGCUGAGUACUUGAAGCUUGCCAACAGUGCAGACAAGCAGCAGGCUGCCCGCAUCAAGCAGGUCUUUGAGAAGAAGAACCAGAAAUCUGCCCAAACCAUCCUCCAGCUACAAAAGAAGCUUGAGCACUACCACAGGAAACUCCGAGAGGUGGAGCAGAAUGGGAUUCCCCGGCAGCCGAAGGAUGUCUUCAGGGACAUGCACCAGGGUCUGAAGGAUGUGGGAGCAAAGGUGACUGGCUUCAGUGAAGGUGUGGUGGACAGUGUCAAAGGUGGACUUUCUAGCUUCUCCCAAGCAACUCAUUCAGCAGCAGGGGCCGUAGUCUCAAAACCCAGAGAGAUUGCUUCACUAAUCCGGAAUAAAUUUGGCAGUGCAGACAACAUCCCUAACCUGAAGGACUCUUUAGAGGAAGGGCAAGUGGAUGAUGGGGGGAAGGCUUUGGGGGUGAUUUCAAACUUUCAAUCAAGCCCAAAAUAUGGUAGUGAGGAAGAUUGUUCUAGUGCCACUUCAGGCUCAGUGGGAGCCAAUAGCACCACUGGAGGCAUUGCUGUAGGAGCAUCCAGCUCCAAAACAAACACUCUGGACAUGCAGAGCUCAGGAUUUGAUGCACUACUACAUGAGAUCCAGGAGAUCCGGGAAACCCAGGCCAGACUGGAGGAAUCCUUUGAGACCCUCAAGGAACAUUAUCAGAGAGACUAUUCAUUAAUAAUGCAGGCCUUACAGGAGGAGCGAUAUAGAUGUGAACGAUUAGAAGAACAACUAAAUGACCUAACAGAGCUCCACCAGAAUGAAAUCUUAAACUUGAAGCAGGAAUUGGCCAGCAUGGAAGAGAAAAUCGCAUAUCAGUCCUAUGAACGGGCCCGGGACAUCCAGGAGGCCCUGGAGGCAUGCCAGACCCGCAUCUCCAAGAUGGAGCUGCAGCAGCAGCAGCAGCAGGUGGUACAGCUGGAAGGGCUGGAGAAUGCCACUGCCCGGAACCUUCUGGGUAAACUCAUCAAUAUCCUUCUGGCAGUCAUGGCGGUCCUUUUGGUCUUUGUCUCCACGGUAGCCAACUGCGUGGUUCCUCUCAUGAAGACUCGCAACAGGACGUUCAGCACUUUAUUCCUUGUGGUUUUCAUUGCCUUUCUCUGGAAGCACUGGGAUGCCCUCUUCAGCUAUGUGGAACGGUUCUUUUCUUCCCCCAGAUGAUGCUGGCACAAGAAGGCAGUGCUCCCCUACCCUCUGGCGAGUGCAUGCAGCGAAGAAUUAGACAGCAACUUACCUACUCUGAAGUUUUCUACAACAACAAAAGAGUUGAGUGAAUCUGUUUACAUUUAGAAUAAUGUUUUUUUCUUCAAGAGACACAAUUGCAAUAGUAUUUUUUAGAUUUUAUCCAAGAAGUUUUUUGGGCAAAAAUCUUGGAUCAUUUUUAUGUAGCAUGAUUUUCCUUGGGAUGCAAAUCUUAAACAGUCCUUUAAUAUGAACCAACAAUCUGGAGCACACUGAAGGGCAUUCUAAAUUGUGGCUUGAAGGACUGCACUAAAACCCACUAAAAAGAUGCAAAAACCUGAUUAGGGAAACCAGUUAAACCUAACACCCUGCCUCGUCUGGGCUCACCACCUCUCCCCCUCCCAGACUAACUUUACUGUGAAAUCCUACCACAUUCCAUGUCUGAAUUUUUGGAUUCAGGGUGGAUUGUCCUUGUCCGUGGAUGAACACAUGGAUCUCUCCCUGGCUUUCUCACCCAAGUUGGCCACUCAUGCUAACCCUGGAAGUAUGAUCACUUUUGAACCUGGUCCCUUAACCUUUACUAGGAUACAAAAGUGAGAGCAUCAUGCCCCAAAGGAUCACUGCAAGCCCUACUACAGUAUUUUGAAGUAGCCCUCUAAAUACUUAAUUUUAAGCAAAAUCCCUUGGCCGCACUUUUAAGGUUUUUUUAAAUAUGUGUAUAGUCACCAACUUUAAAAAAAAAAUCCGAACAGCAUACUUGAAGAAUGUAAUACUCAAACUCUCAGUGCUUCCUUAUGGUUUCUAAUAGGAUUUUUUAUUAUUGUUAUUAUUAUUAUUGGGUUUUUUUGGAAAGGGUUGGGAGGGUCUUUUAUUUUUCCUUUGAAAUAAAGAAGUGAUGUUUUUAAAUGAAGAAAUGUGUGGAUAUUUAAGUGUGCUGCUCCCUCUUGUCUUGAAACAGUUUGAGUAAAGGAAGACUUGCUAUAAAUGCUCCCCUCUGAUGCCCUUGAUUUGAGAUGCAGCUUAGACUUCCUCCUCUGGCUGCUGCUUUUUGGUGUCCUGCCACCCCCACCCCACCACUUCAUGGGUUUGGCUUGGUUGGAGAGGAAAAGGGUGUGCAGGGAGAGGAGGAGGCUGUUUCCACAAACCAGCAUGAUAGGGUAGAGAUUUUUUUGCCCCAAGAAAAUGUUCACCCAGUGACUUUGGGCUGGGGUUAUCUUUAGGAAAAAUCGAGACUAUAUUAUGAGAGUCAUACGUAAUUCCUCGUGUUUCCUUAAUUUAUUCUUAACACCCCCUAAUUACUGAAACCAAAGUGAUGUGGAACCUUCUGUCUGCAUUUUGGCCCCAGCAUCCUUAAUUUCAAAGCUUUAUUCUGUCUGCCUGAGAGAAUCAACUGAAGGUGAUUCUCCCUAAAGAACAGAAAAGAAUCUGUCAGGUUUGAAGGACCCAAGUUUGUGGUGUAAAAUGUUGUCAGCUUCCUAGUCCUCUAGACUGACUUACUAACGUACUUGUGCUCAGUGGACUUUUAUAGACAAUUUAGAAGAAAGAACUGAGCCUUCUUCCCCAUGCUAUAACCAGUUCCACCAGGAUGGGACUGGGCCUUUAGAACAUAUCUGGAAAGCUUGGUUAAUCUCUUCAUAGUAUUGAAUCGCAAAUGCUGUUCCCUCUUGGCCUCAGUUCUGUGCAACCAAGUGAUGAGCAAGGGGCACAUAAUAUGCCCUGAAAAGAGUAGCAAAGCAUGCUUUGCCUAUUCUUCCCAUAUGAGGAAAUUCUUUUGGAACUAGAUUAGCAUUGCCUUCUCUGUCUGAGAGGAUGGUUUACAUGACAGCUCCAGCCUCCUGUGGCUUUGGCAGGCUGGCCUUCUCAGAGUCAGCAUGUUGUUUCCAUAACCAUUUUGAUAUUUUAACUCAGGUACCCCAAUCUUCACUCCAUCCCCAGAUGAUUGUAGUACAACCUGUUAGCUCUGUUGACCUCUCAAAAUUAGUGCCCAGAGCAGGGACCACAGGGAUGAUUUUUCUAUUAAAAAAUAAUUGGAAUCAAUUCAUGUUCAGGCCAAAAACAAAUUGUUCCCAUGCCUAUGUAUUUUAAAUGUUAACUUUGCCUAAAAAUAUUGCAGUGACUUCAGGCAGGAGUGCCAAAGGACACCAUGACCUUGUCGAACUAGCAUAGUUUCUGCUAACUUUCUGCUUUAGCUUAUCACUCAGAGUAGGGAAGAGAGCCCCCACAAAGCUAUCGAAAAGAGGCUUUAGCCACAAUCCUCCAGUUUUUGUAAGAACCUUUGAGUCCCCUAAACUGUGUAGAAGCUACUAAGUUUUUUGUGGGCACUGGAAGACACUGUGAUAGAUGGAUUGAUAUUGCUCCCAUUUGUGUUGGGACAGUUUCUAUCAAAGGAAGGUUUUUGCCUGUGGACAGACCCCUGAGCUCCCAGCCAAGCAGGCCUGUGCUAACUGCCCACAAUCCUCUCAAACUGUCUUAGGAAGGAGCUACAGGCUAGGUCAGGCACAGUAACAGCUUUCUAGCUGUGUUGUCCCUUGAUUUCUUCACCAGGCCCAACAGUUAGCUGCAUUUAAUGCUAUUUGUAACCAUGCAUCUGUUUUCAUGCCUUGCCCCACUUCCCGCUGCCCACACCUGUUGCCUUUGUGUUUCUUUGCACUGUGGCUGUUCCCGGAUUCUCAUCUAUUCCGAGCCCUUCUAUAACCUCACUCCAGUGGUUGUUUAACAAUUGUUCUGUGAGUGGAAAUUUCCCCUUGCUUUAACACUUCUUCUCUUUUAAAGACUACACGCAUUCCCUUUGAAAUGAAGCAUUCCUGGAUUACUUGUUAGUGCUGGUGCUUGAGGCUGGCUGUGGUAGCCUGGGUGACUCUGUUCAGGCUGUAGAAUAACUAACAUUUUUCCUUUUUUAUGGUUCAAUUGAAGGGCACUUCUGUCUGCUCCAAUUUCAGUUCCUUGGUAUAUACUCCGUGCAUCCUAGCAAGGAAGGCUUUCUACUCCACAGGCUCCUUAAGAAG